AUUUAAAACUGUGUCUUUGUAUACGUAUAUAAAUAAAUAUUAUAAAUUUUUUCAUUAUUUAUAAACUACUUCCACAGUCAAACCAAUAAUGCAAUGUUGCAGAAUUUGUAUCUAUCCUGAACUUUCAGUUCCACCAAAAAUCGGAAAACCAUUAGGAUCGAUCUGGAAUGAAUCCCAAACAGAUUCGACAGAAAUGUAUAUUUGAGCGUAGAAAACAAGGUGUUGCAGCAAGUUGUGGCCUUCCACUAUCGGAGGGCCAGCUUGUUCUGUUCAGCUAGUGCCAGAAGACCUGACAUUUUUCAUUUUUUUGCCUGGGGCAUCUUCGUUGGAUUGAUCUUAUUGUCUUCAGCCACACUUUUCCCCAGACGGAACCACGUAAAAAACCCUACCCGACAUCAUCUAGGGUUUUUAUUUUGGGGGAAUCUUCGCUACUGGAGAUCCAUUGACACGUUUUCUACCGGGGACCUCUUUCCGAACAGAGACCCUUUUUCCACCAUAGGGAUUCUUACCUCAUCGGUUUUGAAGCCUUCCUCGCCCAUUUUAAAUUAGUUAGUCAAUAAGCUUUCGCAUUAAGGGAGAUCUCCUAGUUUGGCUGGCUUAAAUUUUUGUUGUUAGCCGUUAGUAGAUGUA